AUGGCAAAACUUGCUUCAUUACCUCUUCCCACGCUUCAAAAUCUAUUAAAUCAGUACAAAAAGCACGUCAAAGCGCUGCAGUAUUCCCAUGGAUAUUCCAAUUCCGAUAUUGAAGGCUCCAUUGUUAGAUUUGAAAACUUUAUCAAUUCUCCUUUAGCAACGACUCUGCAAAAUAGACUCGAAGAAAAGGCAGCUAACACGUGGGCCUAUAUGGCAUAUAGAGAGCCAUUGGCACCCCACUCGAACUGGUGGAUGUAUUUUAAGCGACCUGAAGGUGCCGCUGAAAGACAAAUUAGGCGUGCGUCCAAAAUUGCAUAUUAUGCCUGCACGUAUUUCAGAGAGCAAAUAAAUGCUCUGGAUCAAGAAACCUUUCCAAAUGGCUCUCCAAUAUGCAUGUGGCAAUAUAGCCAAAUGUUUGGAGUAACCAGAGUCCCGAAUAUAAACUUUGAUCGUAUCCAUAUUUCUGAAUCAAACAAUAUAUCUCUUCAGAAGCUCAAAUGGAACAGUAUGGUUCCAGCAUUAUUAAAUACUAGGAUUUUCCAAGCUUUGGUUGAAAAUUUGAACAUUCGUACUGAGUUGAAAAAGAUUCCAGGAAAUAGCGCCGCGUUUAAGGCAGUGGAAGAUUCUUUAUUUAACCUUACUAUUGACCUGACAACAGAAAUAUCUCAAAAAUCGUCUAUUUCUACUAUUCCAAGGAAGGUCUUUUUAGAUUGCCAGGGAAUUUGGCUUGACAAAGCAUUAUCUUUCGUGAUAUUCAAAAAUGGAGAAGCAGCACUUAAUGGAGAGUUAUCCAAAGCUGGGUUUUCUCCUGACUCUGUGGCUCAAGCCAUAAUCGUAUUGGCAUAUUACCUUGCAAGCGAAGAUAAGAAAAUCCCAGUCACAUAUGAAACAGCAUCUACUAGAAGAUACAAGCAUGGUCGUACAGAAAAUAUAAGGGUGUUGUCAGAAGAUGGACAUUUUUGGGCAAAAUCAGCAUCUAAUCCUUCUGAAAAAAUCGAUGUUCUUGUAAAGAAUCUUGAAAACUUCACGGCUUCUCAUUUAGAGACAGCGAAAAACGCAUCGUUUGCAAACGCCUUAGAUAGGCAUCUCUUUGGACUUAUGAAGACUAGAAAGGAUGAAGAGGAAGCACUAGAAAAAGAUCUUUUUCAGAACGACAAAAUCUUCAUGUCCAUGUUUCAAUUUGAUAUGUCUACCUCAAAUAUGUCACCGGGAAAUUCUUUCCAAGGACUGGGAUUUGGAACACUUACACCAUCCGGUGCUUGGGAACAUCAACAUACUGAUCAGAGAUACCCGAUGUUUGAUUGUCCAAGGUUUGAUGCAAAUGGCCAGAUACUUGAAGGAAAAAGUAAGCCCAUCUCGAAGGAAUGGUAUGUUAAUGAGUCAAGGGCCCAAAAAUUCAAAAGGAAUCUUCAAAAGGCCAUCGAAAUAACGAGAAAUGUGCUCGAUUAUAAACGUGGCAAGUCCAAAUUACGAGCUCUAUCUUCCUUAGUUUCUUCUCAUGGAAAGGCAUGUGAGACGCGGUUUAAUCCAUUCGAAUAUGUCGGCAGGAACUCAACACAGCAACAUGCGGCAGGGUUUUGUAUUCCUAUUGAAGACCUUCACGUUUCAUCUAAUAGGCUCCUUCAAGAGUUAAAGAGCCCAUUAAAUUCUGUUUUCAAGAAGGAUUAUGCAACUAGAUCCAAGGCCCUUCAAUCCAUCAUUGACAUUAGUUUAAAAUGUGACUGUUUUGAUGAAUUCUGGGAAGCGAUUUUCCCUUCCUUUAGUUUGUUGUUCAUCACUUUAGCUGAAGAUCCAUCAUAUAGUAUUCGAACAAAACUAUUUGAGCUCCAUUUAAAGGUAGUCUCUCACAUGAGUGCCAAACUAUUACAUGAUAAUUGGCCUUUUCUAACGGAGAUCUUCCCAUAUUGGCUGAUCUUAAUGUAUGAUCCUGAAAAAAGCGUUAGAGAUGCCGCCAGAACUUCGUUUUCUUUUCUUUCCGCAUCUAAGGAUGUUCGGUCUGUAAAUAUAGAAAUAGAGGAUGGGUUCCCUUUUGAAAAGGAUUCUGAGUUGAUGCUAAAAUUAUUUGGGUCAUCGGAAGAAUCGUUGCUCAGGAUGUUUAGUUGCGUUUUUGACCAAUUGAAAUCUAUUGUCGCAAAUUCCAAAUUUCAAAUUGAAGAUCCCCUGUUAGAAAGGAACACUUGUUCGAUUCUUCAACUUGGGUGCUUGAUGCAAACAAAGUUUUGUACCUUUUCUAACAUUUCCGAGCUUUUUUCGGGGUUUUUGGACAGGUCGUGUAUUGCGUAUCUAACCGAUUCUCGUACCAAGGGCGGAUUGUACAAAUGCUUCUGCCAAUAUGUUGCAUCGCUGUUAAAAAGCUGCAAAUCUACAUUGGUUCCUGAUGAAUCUUUGAUUUUUAUUUGCAAAUUGAUACUCAUAAGAGCCAAUAAAGACGACUAUGUUGAGUCUUUCCCUAUUCUAAAUAGCUGGACCUUGAUUGAAAAAAAUCCAAAACUCGUGGCAGAAUCCUCUAAAAUCGUUCAUGACUGGCUAUGCUCUAAAUGGCAAAUUUUACCAUCUUUCUCUAUUCUUCGAAUGAUCCCGAAAUUCGUUUAUGCUUUUUGUACUGAUCUUAAAUGGUGGGCCCUUCUCGUAUCUUCCCUUUCUAAAUGUAAUAUUUUUUCCGAGUCUCAACAACGAGAAGUUGCGCUCUGUUUGGCCGAUUGCCAGAACAAAUUCUUGCUUUUGUGUGGAAAAAAGGUGUUUGCAGAAGCUGAGGUUGAAUCCGAUAUAAUCAAUCUGUUCCUCUCCAAUUUACUAUCAGCAAAGGUAGCGUUCCCAGGAACAACGUUUUUGUCAACAUAUUUGGAUUCCAUCAGCGAUCAUAUCCAAGCAUUUGAUACCAGACUGUUCAAAAGAUUUUGGAAUGUGAUCGUUAGGAUACUCACUCCAAAUACUAUGAUUUUAAUCCCACUAGACACUCUGUUGUUUAAUAAUCCAGAGGCAAUUGAAUACUUUUUGGAAUAUGAGCCAAAAACACAGGCUCUUUCGUCUUUUAAGAUUGUUUUAAAAGGUAUACCGCAUCAUAUUUACUUUCCAGAAUACUUUAUUGAAAAAUGCACGUCUUUUGUUGAUGUUGACACGGACAUUACAAGUCAAUUGAAUUCUCUAGCAUCUUUCCCGGAAGCCUAUCCGCUAGCAUUUCAAUUUGUUUGUCAAUUUGGAAAAGACUUGAUUUCUGCUUGUGAGUCUUCGUUUUGUCAUACGCAAAGCCAGGUUUUUAGCCAAUUUCCAACCUCUGUGUUAAGGGAAAUCCUGACUCCACAAAUAUUGGCACAAUUUUUAGAUUCUCUGCUAAGCUUGGACGACAACUUGUUUGUUCCAAAGGCAUCAUAUACCUUUACCGAAUUUUUAUUCCAAGAGCCAAAUAUGAGAGUAAUAGAAUCUUUUUUGGUCAAGUUGUUCGAGUUUUUGCCAGCGAUUAAUUAUUCAGAAAAGUACACAUCAGACGCCAUUAUAUUUUUUUCGCAUUUCAUCGAAAAAUGUGUAGCGUUACCCGGUGAUAUAUUUCGAAAUGUACCGCCGAGUUCCGUUUUCGUUUUGUAUCUUAAGAAUCACAAUGUCCCGGAACUGCGAUUAAAAGCCUCUUUGUAUAUGGCAUUAAAGUAUAUUACUCGCCUUUCUGAAGUUGGUAGCUACACAUUUUUCGAU